UGGAAAGUGAAAGCUAUUGGAGUCAGUGACGGAAGUUAAGUAUAUUGUCAUGCUGGCCAAGCAGGGAGAUUGAUAGAUAAACAAGCCCGGCUAGUUAUUAUAGGCUUAUUAUAGCUAGAAAAUAAAGGGAUUUAUUUCAGUAAGAAACACUACAACGCAUGAACAUUUUACUGCUGUAUGGAAAACGCAACAACGCAGCCAGAGUGGUGGGAGUGGCACCUUUUUGUGAAUAUGAACCAAGAAUGGUAGCCUACAUACAAAUGAAUAUUCUUGGCAUCUCUGUCUUUUCUCUCAUGCUGCUACCUCUGGUGUUGUCUUGCGACAGCAACAGGACUAUGAGAGAGAUCGCUGAGGACUACGAGACUGUCAUCUACCCGCUUCUUCAGAACCUUGAGAACAACAUCACGGAAUCGUUAAAAGUGGUUAAUAAAACCUGCACGGAGAAGGAAAUCGCUGAAUGUGAGAAGGAUAAAGAGAGACAGUUCAUCCACAACAUGCUGUGUAGCCAUACCAGACUCAUCAGGCUCUAUAAGCUAGAGAGGCUCAAGAGAGACAUCCUGUGCUCACUGGGCCGCCACUGUCCUAGAAAACAGAGGAGUUCACAAGGACAGAGCGCACACCAUCAGAAUAGAAAGAAGUCAGGAGGAGAAAGGGAGGAGGAAAACAAGAAAACUGAGGAGAACAGAGGGACCAUGGAGGAAGGAGGGGAGAGGGUGGACAGUGGGAAACAGCAGAGACCAGAUAAAUGGGAGGGAAGGAGGAGCACAGAGGCGAUGGAGCGGAGGAGGAGACGGUGUGGACAGAAGGUGUUUGUGGACAGCUUGAACGGGUGCUACAUGUCCCUGGCUGAAAGAUAUGGAGGCCUGACAUGAGAGGAGAGACGUGGCCCGGAGCUAACCGCACCAAGAACCAACAAACUUACUGUAAAGUGUAUAGUUACUGUAAAGAAAACAAUGAUACCAUACGUCCUGUAAAGUAGUAUCGUCUUGCCAGACACUUACUUAGAAUAAAAGUGUCUGCUAAAUAUUAAUCCUAUUAUAAUAGACAAAGGCGAAAAUCUCUGUGGUACCCAACAAAGUGUGAGGUGUUCUAUGGCGAUGAUGAAACUAGUGUCGUAAUGAUAAGUCUGUGGCACAGUGCAAUUAUGCUAAAGCAAACAAACAAAGAUGAUUGAAUGCUUGUGUACAAAUGAAGUGCACUUUUGAGUAGAGAGACUUGUAGCUCAUGAUGUCCCUCUUUCUGCUGCAGUGAGUGGUAUUGGGCAGUGAGCCUGGCCUCAGGUGUGUGACAGCGUUGCGUUAUUAUUAUAGAAUGGCAGUUUGAAAGCCUAUUACGCCAAGGAUGUUUGCUUUCAAGUCGGUGUCUUAACUGAAAUCCACAUUGGGCUACUAAAAACCUUCCCCAAAAGCUUCCUGUGAAAUUCAACCAACGCCUUUCGCACAAGCCCUUAUUUGAUGAAUGAAACUCAUCUUGACCUGAUUUCAAUCUUUGUAGAGUAGUUUUCCAAGCAUAAGGCACCAUGAUAUCCUAUGUUGUCUUAUUGUAACUGUAGCAUUGGUUUUAGUACUAUUUAUUUAUAUUCUGAAAUCAUAUUGACUCAAGUGUUAACUGUACCCCUGUAAUCAUUUUAUUGUGUAGCACUUAAAUUAUCCCCUUCAUGUGUCAGUGCAAAAUAAGAAGUUUUGAUGUUGAUGUGAUCCUUAGGCCACUAUAACUCUACAUUAAUAGAGUUUAAACUGCCAUUGUGGUUUUGCCUGGGUGCCAGUCUGUUUCUGCUGUUGCCAUAUAACACUUUCAAAGCCUGGGGAAGAAGGAGAAUAUGUGCAUUAAUUACUCUGAUCCUUAUAAUGUGACAAAGUGGUAGUUGUACAUGCUAGCAUGAUUAAUUGUGCAUUUAUAUUGUAACAUUUUAUUUUGUUUAGUGUUUUGUUGCUCAAGUAUUUGAUGAAUAGUGUCUUAUGUUGCAUUCAUAACCAAGUGGGAAGGUGGUAAUUACUUGUUGUGAAGUCGUAUUGAGUUGGAUGCAUUCACAUGCUUUGAACUCGUUGAGAAAGCUGCGUCAAACCAGAAACUGAAAGUAUAGCUAUCAUGCUUAAACAAAUGAUAGUCUUCAAAAACAAUACGAAUAGAUUGUUUCUUGUUGCAUUUAACUGUUGAAAAUGCCGUUAGAGGUCAUUUCCUUAAUAGGUGAAUUCAGCAUGUGGGAGAAGUGGUAGCUCAGGGAUCAUAGACGAGUUUCCCACUAGUAAUUGCGAGUUGGAAGGGCAUUCCAGGGGAUUUUUCCCAGUCGUAUAGUCCUAUGUACGAAUUUAUGAGGUCUUAUAUAAAGAGCUUCAAAAUAAAAAACAAAACAACCAAUACAUCAUGAGUAGCUUAGCUAAAGUAAAGGUCAACUAAUAGAGGUCAAGUCUUUGAGUGCAUGUAUCCUCCAAAGAUGGAGAGGGGCUACUCUAGAGGGCUACUCUGGGAAACAGCCUAAGUCAUGUAGCUACUGGACUUCUCCCUCACAAUGUAUGGCACCCACUUGGGUGAACCCCCAGCAGGUCUAGGCAUCAGUCGUCCUCAUUAUGAGCCCUUUGCCUCAGCACUCCAAUUCCUCUCAAGUGUGAGGUGACUCUUCAAUUGAUGUUUUCAAACUCCAAAGAUCAGGAACCAGCAGCCAGGUGAAACAAAGAAUCUGGUACAAUGUCUAGAUGCAUCAUUCAAACAAAAACAAUGUGCCAGCUAACUAGCUAGCCAAGCCAAAAAGAGCGGACCUGCCAGUCCAUCUUCAAAUCUGUGGGUUAAAACCCCCAUGGAUAUGCAAUAAAACUCAAUGUUAUAAAAAAAACAGCUGAUAAAAAAAUAUAUAUUUAAAACACUUACAAAUGAUGAAAUAUGUUCAUAUUUACAGGAUCUCUCUGCUUAGGUUGCUACUGGGGCGCUAUGGAAACUAUAGAACUAAUAAUAAGCCCAUUUGGGCUGGUCACCAAAUGGUGUAUGACAUGGAAAACAAAAAGAAAACAAACAGAUAUCAGGCUGAUUGUGUUAUCCAUGUGCUGUAUGCUAUGUGUUAUACUCUACCAAGGACUGUAAAUAUAUUUUUAUAUUCAACUGCAAAUAUAUUUUAUAUUCAA